UAUGACUUAAGCAUAAGAUUAAGUAUGGUAGGGUGUUACAUUAUGGUAUCAGAGCAGUUCGUUCCUAUAGAGCCUGAGGGACGGACUGAUUAUGCCUCUGGGCAUACUCUGGGUGUCUAUACAUGCUAUUUAGGGUAUCUAACUGAUAUAUGAGGCAUGAAUGCUCAUGAGCAUGCAUUUGGGACUUUGAAAUACUAAACUAGAGAUAUUGAGACUGAUCACCUUGAUAUCACUUGUUUGGUGUGAACAGGAACCAAAUGGCAUCUCGUGGGCGCGGUCGUGAGCGUAAUCGAGGUCAAAGACGGCGAGCUAAUGAGGUAACCAUACCAAUAGAUAGUUUGACCGAUAUCAUGACUGCAAUGACGAGUGUUGCUGCUGCCAUUGGUACUGUUGCUGUCGCGACCAUCCGAGUAAUGGAUGGGAUGCAACCACAAGCUGGAACUGGCAACAAUGAUGAUAAUGAAUAUGAAGGUGGACAUAAUGCUCCGAAUACAAGGGUACCACUGAGUUAUCUGGAGCAGGUUAACGUGGGUCAGGCAACGGGAGAAAGCUCAAGGAGGGCUGAGGUAGCAAGAAGUGAUCACCGAGAACCCUUCACAAAGAAAAAGGGAAAGAUUACACCGAGGAGCCAAAUUUUCAAAAAGAAUCGCUUUGUCGCUUCACAUUCUCAGCGCUGGAGCACUGACCGAAGGAACGAUAACCGUCUGGAUCCGAAUGCUGAAGGGAAAACUAGUACUCAACUGGAUAAUUUAAGGUGCCCAAGGUGCAAGAAGUACCAUCCAAACAGACCGUGCAGGGCCGGAUUAGGCGUAUGUUACAAGUGCGGGAGACCAUGGCAUAUGUCUUGGAAUUGUCCAUACAAAGAAAAUCGGGAUGCAACUGAAUUUAAUUCUCAUAGCCGAGAUGCAGGUCGAGAGGCUCCUCACUAAGCGUCUGGAUCUUGGAAAGCGAAGUAGUCCUUGGGUAUAUUUUGGUUUUUUAUUUGUAUAUAUGUAUAUAUGUAUUUAGCUUACUCUCCAAGUAACUUAUGUAUACUGCUCCUCUUAGAGGUUGAGGGAGAG